AUUGCUGCAUUGACGGUAGUUUUGAAAGGCAGGCUGACAGCUGAACGGGUCGUAAAGGGACGCAGUCUGUAACAUUUGGUCCACAACAAUCACAACAAACUCAAGAGAAGCACCGACAGCUUUCGCCGCGUCUUCCGGACCAACCCGCGGAAGUGUUUAAGUUCACCAGAGGACGGUCACCGGUAACCUUGCGGAUAUUUCUUGCUCUUUUCCACCAAGAGAGAACAAGAUCCGUGUCCGGAUGUGCCAGCAGUGUUGGGUUUUUUCGCAUGGCGUAGGCACCUUUUUCUAAAGCAGGAUACUCUUGGUGUGCGGAGGGUCGGAGGAGGCCCCUCGGGUCGACGCUGUGUGUCCCGCUAACAUUAACCUCACCUGCAAAUGUCCCAAUUAGUGUGGGGAAUGAUCAACGGAAUGGUUGUGCAAUAGAGAGGAAGAAGCGUCGCAGAACAUCCCGGCUCCCUCACUUGUGCGCCUGUGGAGAGAGAGAGAGGGAGAGAGAGAGAGAGAUAGAGAGAGCUAGAGAGAGAGAGAGCUAGAGAGAGUCACCAGGAUUACGUUGCGUUUGUGUUUCCUGCUCGGAAGCACCGACAACGACGUUUGUUUGAGCUCUUUGCUCCUUGGUUCCUUGUCCUGUGUGUGUUUGUGAGUGUGAGAGUGUGUGUGUGUGUGUGUGUGUGUGAGAGAGAGAGAGAGGACACCUCCGAGGAUCGGGAGAACCUUCACGAUGACGGGAAGCACCCCGGCGGACAUGAUAAACUUGCGGCUUAUUUUAGUCAGCGGGAAGACGAAAGAAUUCCUCUUCUCUCCCAACGACUCGGCAGCGGACAUUGCCAAACACGUCUAUGACAACUGGCCAAUGGACUGGGAGGAAGAGCAGGUCAGCAGUCCUAACAUCCUGAGGCUGAUCUACCAGGGCCGGUUUCUACAUGGCAACGUAACACUAGGAGCUCUCAAACUGCCCUUGGGGAAGACCACAGUGAUGCAUUUAGUUGCCAGAGAGACUUUGCCUGAGCCAAAUUCCCAAGGUCAGAGGAACAGAGAGAAGACCGGGGAGAGUAACUGCUGUGUCAUUCUGUGAAUACACACCGCCGCCGCCGGCCCUCCAUCCUUCUCCUCUGUUCUCGUCCUCAACAUCCUGGACCUACUGAGUUUGUUUCCGGUCCUGAAACUCGUCCACAAUGCGGAUAUGCAAACGGACAAACACAUACACUUUGCUUCUUUUGUUUUCCUUCUCUCACACACUUAUAGAAAGACAGCAGGCUGAGGCUGAUUCAAGACACAAGAGUUGAUUCAAGAGUUGGGAGCAGGAAAUUGAUUAACAUUAGAGUUGAUUCCUUUGUCGCACUUGUUUUCUUUUGUCAUAACAGAAAAUUUGUGGAAUUAACUGGAUUUGCAUGUGGGUUUUUUUGUUCUUAAUGCACACCUUUUUAAGCCUUCUGCCACACAGACACACAAACAUACACACACACAUACAUACAUACAUACAUACAUACAUACAUACAUACAUACAUACAUACAUACAUACAUACAAUACACAUAAACAACGUGUCUAACCAUCCUCAGCCAUUCUGUUAAAAGCUCCUCAUUCUAGUUGGUUGUCAUAGUAAUGCAGUGCCCAAGUUUGUGUGUGUGGCCUUGUUUUCUCAUACAGACCGCUGAGAAUUUUAACCACUAACAACACUCCAACACACACACGCACACACACACACACACACACACACUCUAUGACAUCCUGUCUACAGAUCCAACCAUAUGUGCUUGUGUGACCUCCCUCGGUGCAGCAGACGAAACUCAGACGUGCCUGAUCAGAACUCAAACCAGGACACACACACAUAUAUAAACACACCUGUGUCCUUUUUACUGCCCUCCUCUGCAUGUGCCCUUAAAGGUCACAGGAGAGAAAUUAUUCCUUUUUGUCUGCAGAGCGAUGUAGAGGCCGAACACGUCCUGCGUCUUUUAGUCGUCAUAUUCUUAGCCAAACAAAGCCUAUCAAACAAACAAAUAGAAAAACAACCAAUGUUGGUGGUCUUGUUUUGGUUAUUUGUUUGUCCAUGACAUGUGUGACUGUGUUUUGACAGUCCAUGCAUAUUACUGACCGACCAGUGUUGUGAUUAAUAAAACGUCAUGUCAGUUUUCGUCCCUCCCUGAUGCACCAUCCCUCCAUCUCUUUCUUCGAGGAAAGAUUUAUUGUGCUCCUUUGUUUGAACAGUGUUGUGAAGGAAAAGGUUCCUUGUUUGUCUUAAUUUGCUUCUUGCUCUCUAAUUCUCUCUCUCAGCAUUAAUAAAUCCAGUUUGCACAAUCGAAGCAUGUGCUCCAUCAUCAGAUUAUUAAAAAUGUAUAAAAGGUUUUUCUGGUUUUAUUUUAUAUUUUUCCAAUGGAAGUAAUGUUCCAAACUAUGGUAACGUGUAGAGUAUAUUUAAUAUGAAUCUUAUAUAGAACAUGAUCACUCUAAUCUUGUUGAUAUACAGUAUAUUGGUGUUUAGUCUAUGAUUGUGUAUACGGUUAGCUUCUAGCCAGUUCAGUGCUCAACAACAGCAACAACUCCCUAAUCAUCAACUUUCUUCUGUGCUCUUUUAUUCUUAUUUUUUCAUUUGUUUAUAAUUUAAUGUAAUCCUUUUUUUUCUGUGUAUUUUUUUUUUUGCUUUAAAGAUACGCUUUAUAACAGCACUAGGUCUUAAAAAUAUAUAUUGUUUAUAUUGAUCAGGGUUCAAAUCUGUACAGAGCUAAAUGUUUUCAAACCAAUUGUAAAUAGCACUAAUGCUCUCUCUCCCUCCAAACUCCAAAAUGGAAUACAUCUGUAAACUAAAUAAAGGUUAUUCAAAUGCGU